GAAAGUCCUUGCUUUCCCGAAACUCUCGUUAUGCCAUUCCUAGCUACCGGCCUCCUUAUACGGAGUCCAGAGCCACUAUCGAUAUGGUCAAAAACACGUGUAGAGUCUACAAUAAAACGCUUCACAUGCAGUCCAUUCGUUCCUCACUCUUCCUCCAUCUCUGCCUAACUUCGUGUCGCCUUAACUUCUCGAGGCUAUAGGCGUCAUCAGUAUGCCCCGCUGCAUGCGCGUUACCUUGUUCCCUGCACCGCAAUCAAACUGGCAACCCGAAGUCACGCUCGAGGCUCUGAGUGAGCCUGAGCUCGUCAAUCUUGAUGGCCCGCAAGGAUUGAGCCCUAUCUGGUAUGCUCCACCAGGUCCUCCACGCACGCCUGAUGCCGACAUAGAUCCGCCUCAGUUGACCAAGAUGGAGAUCACACGGAUACGAUACAGAACGGGAGGCAGGCCGAGGGAAGAAUACGAGAUGACGGAAGAGGAACUUUCAGACAUGUUCGCUGGCACCAAUAUCCACACUGAACGGGGAUACGAGUUGGGAAGCUCAUCAUCGGACGGUUCCCCGGCGAAUACUUCCGGACCUGAACACCGUGAGUUUGCAUGAGCACUUGAUGCUGGCUGAUACACUCCCUCAUUACUGGAUUUUCUCACAGCGCCGCGGAACCUGUUGAACAAUAGCCUGAAUACUGUAUCAGUUCAGUCGUCUCAAGAGGAUUCUGCUCGAAAGUUGAGCGAUAGCAGCAGCAAGAGAGCUCGAGGAAACGGACGCUAUUGUCC